AUGUUUUUAUCGACCUUUGAAGGCGCGAAUGCCCCCUUCAACUGGGAUACUGAUAUUAAAGCGGUCCUCGCUGCCAGAGGUCUUCCCGUCUACUUCGUACCCAUGUUUAAUCAAUGGCAAGCGCCUGCACCAAAUGCUUAUCCAUUCGUUGAUGGUCUGUUCAGAUGGACAAACCCUUCAUUGGGUUUUGCUGCCGAUAUUAAAGUCGAUGCUGACUAUGCUGCCCUGCGUGCAGCAAGUGGAAAAACGUGGAUGGCCGGUGUUGCACCGUGGUUUUUCACUCACUACAAUUCAAAGAACUGGGGCAAUCCGGAAGAUGAUCAAAUUUUCUUUGAUAAAUGGGAACGACUCUUAGAAUUGAACCCUGAUUUUAUAGAACUGGUUACUUGGAAUGAUCAUGGUGAAUCGAGUUAUUUGGGACCCGUCGAAGGCGUUAUAGAUGAUCAAACAUGGGCUCGUUUAUCCCAUGAUGCUCUACUCGAUUUAUCCUCGUACUAUCAUACUGCCUUCAAAACUGGUCGUAAACCCACUAUCACAGAAGAAAAGGCCUAUUACUUUUAUCGUACUCAUUCCCUCAAUGCCAAAGCCACCAAUGAUCCAUUGGGUUUACCCGAGGAGAUGAAGACGCAAAAAGACCAUAUCUUUGUCAUUACGAUGUUGGCUUCCGCUGCAACCGUCGUUAUCAAAUCAGGCAGUAAAACUUAUGAUCCGAUCUCUGUGCCAGCUGGUCUUCACAAGAUCGGCGUUCCCUUUCAACAAGGUGCUCAAACUGUUACUGUCCUUCGUGGCAAUACUCAAGUGAUGAGUGGAACCGGUGCUACACCAAUCAGUGACCACAUUCAAUUAUACAACGGGAAUAUUGUAGCAGGUAUGAUGACAGCAAACGGAGGACAGGUUACUGUACCAGACACCACCACAGUCUCCACAACGUCAACGGCAGUAACAACUUCAACGGCAGCAACAACUUCAACGGCAGCAACAAACUCAGGCGCAUGUCCCAAUCAAGACCGGUACCAGCGCAAGGAUUGUCAAAAGACCAACCAACAAUCAUGUGAAGCUGCAAAUUGUUGCUGGGGACCUUUGGAAGAAGGUAGUGGACAACCCUGGUGUUAUAUUAACCCAGCCUCAGUCGCAUGUGCCAAUCAAGAUCGAUACCAGCGCAAGGAUUGUCAAAAGACCAACCAACAAUCAUGUGAAGCUGCAAACUGCUGCUGGUCACCACUGGAAGAGGGUAGUGGAGAACCGUGGUGUUAUAUUAAACCUUGA